UUGCUCCGGUGUGGACACCCCAUGCUGAACGCACGUUCAUGAACUUGUGUUGAGCGCCUUCUUGAACACACACGCGUGCGCGCACACAUGCGUGAAGUACCUGACGCUUUUGUAACUUUCUAUGUCCAGCCUCUUUCAUUUUGAAGAAAUUUGUUCCGGUGUCAGUGGGCCGGUGCAGGGCCGUGUUCUCCUGUCGCCGGUGUUGUGUGACGUCACAGUGAGGCGCGUGGCAGCGCGGUGUGAACCCGGACUCCCGCUCGGUAACAUGGCUCUGUCUCUGAGUCUGUGCUUCCUCUCAGCUGCGGUCUCUGGACUUGUCUGCGCGCUCGUCCUGCAGCCUCUCUGCUUCCCGUACUUCUGGCGGGACCUGCUCUUCCUGCUGAAGGUGGUUCGGUCCGGUGUGAAGCUGGAGCUCUACAGGUGGAGGCGCGACGUGCGCACAGUCCUCGAUAGGUUCGUGGAACAGGCGCGGCGCAUCCCCGACAAGCCGUUCAUCAUCUACGAUGGAAGCGCGCGCACCUACCGGGACGUGGACCGGCGCAGCGAGCGGCUCGCCCGCGUGUUUCUGAACACGGCGGAGCUGAAGAAAGGAGACUGUGUCGCCAUGCUCAUGAACAACGAACCGGAUUACCUGUGCGUGUGGUUCGGUCUGGCUAAGGUGGGCUGCACGGUGGCGUUCCUCAACACGAACAUCAGAUCCAGAUCUGUGCUGCACUGCCUGGACUGCUGUGGAGCCAGAACCCUGAUCGUGGGUUCAGAUUUAUUGGAGUGUCUGGAAAGCAUUCUGCUUGAUCUGCAACAGAAAAACAUUCAAGUAUGGACUAUGAAGAGCCAUAUGAAGCACACACUAGUGCGCUCUUUGCUUGAUCAGCUUGAUGUAGAGUCAGACGAUCGAGUACCUGCAGAGCUGCGAGCAACCACCGCCAUCGAUACUCCAAUGAUGUACAUCUUUACCUCUGGAACAACAGGGCUCCCUAAAGCUGCAGUGAUCACUCACCUUCAGAGCCUGAAGGCAGCAUCUGGAUUCUGGGCAUUUGGAGCGACUGAAUCAGAUGUGAUUUACACGGCUCUGCCUCUUUACCACAGUGCAGCCUCAUUGGUAGGAAUAGGAGGAACCAUUGAGCUUGGUGCAACUUGUGUCUUAAAGAAAAAGUUCUCAGCAUCACAAUUUUGGCCUGACUGCAGAAAUCAUGGAGUGACAAUAUUCCAGUAUAUUGGUGAACUUUGCAGAUAUCUCUGCAACCAGCCUAAGACAGAAAUGGAUCAAGCACAUAAAGUAAGAAUGGGAGUCGGGAAUGGGCUGCGGCAAGAUGUAUGGCGAGACUUUCUGUUUCGUUUUGGAAACAUUAAAAUGUGUGAAAUUUAUGGCUCCACUGAGGGAAACUUGUGCUUUAUGAACCACAUUGGCAAGAUUGGAGCUGUGGGACGUUCCAAUGUCUUCUACAAGGUGAGUAUCCAAAAUCCAGGAUAAUACAGGGUCAUUGCUACAAAAUGAAAUGAAUGAAUGAUGUUGUGAAAUGCAGAAUUUAUUACCAACCAAAUUCUUCAGCAUCUUUCUGACUCGGGUUGUAGUGCAGCGGAAAUGAUCAGUCAAUCAACGAUGGAGCUUCUGUCAUGAGUGGGCCAGAGGUGGGGUUCAGGCAUUAUUGCAAAAGAGGGUAGGGAAAGAUAUUCCUUAUAUCCUCUGCUAGAACCACCAGCUGCAUUUGGGAGUGGUCCAUGCGACCUGUUCUGUCCACUGUUGGCCAUGCAGAAAACUCCUCGACUCUUUGCCAGCCUGUGAGGAGAGCUCUUCUCAACAUUUUGGACAUAGCCAUUGUAGGGAUGGAAACAAGAUUCUCCAGAAGCAAUCUAGAGCUGAUGAAAGCAGUUAAUAGUCUUCAACCUCAAUCUCACUCUUUUCUGGAUGUUGUCAUGUUAAAAUGACAUGAAGUGAUAGUGACAAACUUUCCAAUUGGAUUCUUGUUUACAAAAACAAUGUUGAAACUAGAGUUCAAAAAGACUGAUGCUGGUGGCAACGUAGAGUUUGUAGAUCUCUCCAUCGUUUGCAAAUAUCUACAUAUAAAAACACCUUUCCACAGCUCUAUGGUACAUGUGACCUCCAUUGUGAUUGGUGGAUCAUCAACAUCAUGUGAAAGCUCUUUCUCUGCUUUGUCUCCAGUUCUUACCCCCUUCUGCUGCACCAUGCUACAUGCAA